GCGUGACACCGCGCGGCAACGGUUAUGGAGCGCAAAGGAGCCGGCUGACGCAGUUUCCGUGAUGGCAGAGGCUGUGAAGGUGAUAGUCCGUUGUCGGCCCAUGAACACCAGGGAAAGAAACCUCGAUUGCAAGAACGUGGUGUUCAUGGACCACGACAUGUGCACCUGCUCGAUAGUCAACCCCUCCGACGGCUCCACGCCGCCCAAGACGUUCACCUUCGACGGCGUCUACGACACCGACUCCACCACGGAGCAGAUAUACAACGAGAUCGCCUACCCGCUCAUCGAGGGCGUGCUGGAAGGCUACAACUGCACGGUGUUCGCGUACGGCCAGACGGGCUGCGGCAAGAGCUUCACCAUGCAGGGCGUGGCGGAGCCGGCGGCGCAGAGGGGGGUCAUCCCGCGCGCCUUCGAGCACGUCUUCGAGGGCGCCGCGGUGGCCGAGGGCACCAAGUACCUGGUGCUCGCCUCCUACCUGGAGAUCUACAACGAGGAGAUCCGCGACCUGCUGGGCGAGGACGCGCGGCGCCGGCUCGACCUCAAGGAGCACGCCGACAAGGGCGUCUACGUGCAGGACCUGUCGCAGCACCCGGUGCAGGGCGUGCGCGACUGCGAGGCGCUCAUGCGCCUGGGCUGGGGGAACCGCGCCGUGGGGGCCACGCUCAUGAACGCCGACAGCUCCCGCUCGCACUCCAUCUUCAGCGUGCGGCUCGAGAUGCUGCGCGAGGGCGAGCACAUCCGCUCCGGCAAGCUGAACCUCGUCGACCUGGCGGGCAGCGAGCGCCAGGCCAAGACAGGAGCAACGGGCGACCGGCUGAAGGAGGCCACCAAGAUCAACCUGUCCCUGUCGGCGCUGGGGAACGUCAUCUCCGCCCUCGUGGACGGCAAGUCCAAGCACAUUCCGUACCGGGACUCCAAGCUGACGAGGCUGCUGCAGGACUCGCUGGGAGGCAACACCAAGACGCUGAUGAUCGCGUGCCUGUCGCCCGCCGACAACAACUACGACGAGACGCUGAGCACCCUGCGGUACGCCAACAGGGCCAAGAACAUCCGGAACAAGCCGAGGAUCAACGAGGACCCCAAGGACACCAUGCUGCGGCAGUACCAGGAGGAGAUCGACAAGCUGCGCGACAUGCUGCAGACGAGCUCCUCCGGCGUUCCUCAGGAGAUCUUGGUGCAAGAAGUGAGGUUGCAGUUCGAGGACGAGAUGAGGAGGUUGCGGGAGGAGUACGAGCGGGAGCAGAACAGCAAACACCAACUGCAGUCGGACCUGCAGGCGCUCAAGGAUCACUACGAGAAACAACUGUCCAACAUCAGCUGGCAGGCAAAAGAAAACAACAUUUCUGUAGCUUCCAAGGUGCCGGCUGUCACUAUCGACGCUAAGACUCCAUCAGAACUUAUAGUCAACGAGGCUCUCAGAAGUGAAAACAUGAAGGUCAGCCCUGCUCAGCAAGAAGUGCUGUUAAGGCUGAAGAAGCUGCAGGAGAGCAUGGUGGGCGGGGAGCGGGCGGGAGACCGCGAGCUCAAGGAGAAGAGACUGCGCAAGAAGAGGGCGUCGGAGCGACGGCUGCAAGCCCUCGCCAGCGUGCUGUCAAGGGUCGACGACGGGGACGGCGUGGUCUUGCAGGUGUACGAUGACAUCCAACAAGAACUUAGAAUUAAGACUGAUGCUUUACGAAAAUGUCGGACGAAGGUGAAGGCGCUGGAGAGAGAAAUACUGGACCUCCAGAGUGAGUUCGAGAACGAGCGGACCGAUUAUCUGGAGACGAUACGCAAGCAAGAACAACAGGUGAAGCUUUACCAACAAAUUUCGGACAAGAUUGCUACAGCUCUUAAGAAGGAGUGCAAUUACAGUGAUCUGGAGAAGAUAAGGAACCAGGCCGUGUGGAGCGACGACGCCCAACACUGGAGGCUGCCGGACGUGGUCUUCGCUCGGACCAGACUGCCGCCCGCCGGUGUGUUCACGUCGCUUGCCCCCGACCCCUCACCCCCGCACGGCCCGCCCCCCGACAGCGGUGGCGGCGGCAGCGGCGGCGAGUCGAGUGGCGGCUCCUCCGCGGGGCGGGGCGGCUGGCCCGUCUCCCCGCCCGGCGACGCUUCCGUCGCGCAAAGACUGGAGCGCAGUGAGAAGGAAGAUAUCGCAGGAACCUACUUCAAGCCCAAACGCGCCACGGAACUGCUCAACAAAGCGAGGGAAGACGCGAGUAGAGCUUUCAGUACGUGGAGGGCAGAGUUCGCGAGCAGGAACAAGGGCGCGGUGCCGAACGGCCACAGCUUGAACAACCUGCUGAACACCAGCUUGAACCAGGCCGGCUUCCACAGCUCGCUGAACGGCUUGAACCUGAACGCCACCUACGGGGGUUCCAGCCUGCCCGGCGGCUCCUGGGCCAACGCCGUCAGCAGUGUUCCGACCAACGGCUGGAUCGGUAACGGUUACAGCAUCUCUCCAGAUCAGAGCAUGAGACGACCGGCACGUCUGGAAGCGCUGCCUCUCGUCAACAGGAAGCAGAAUGGGAAGCUCAAGAACGGAAUUUCUCAGCCAAACACCAUGGACCUCAUAUAGUCCACAUGCCUGAAACUACAAGCAUACUACUACAAAAUGUGAUCAUGACGAACGCACAAUCGUAAUGAAUACCACAAGGCGUGUACUUUCACGUCGGUGUAAAUAAUAGGUGAUGCUCCAUGUUGGAUUACAUUUAAAUCUGGGUUAGAGGGCUUGAUUUACUUUGAUGCGAGAACACUGUAUGGGCGCCACCGUACGAAAGGGCACACGGACCCGGUGGAGACUCCUCUCGGGGCGUGGCGUCGCCCACGUGGGAGCGAGAUUCAGACCCUCUAAAUUUUGCACACCAAUUGCCAAGACCUGGCCCGCUCUCAGCGUCGAGCAUGCUUUAAGCAUUAACGCAGUGGGCUCUCAGGGCAUCCCACACGCCGCCAUGAAGAUGUUAUGCAUGUGGGCACAAGAAGAAAGGAACACCAUUUAAACCACACAUCUAGGUUUAUUAAGAAGUUACACGCUCCUGUAUACAUCGUCCUUUAAACAGUUAAAAAGCCCAAGGCACGAAUCAGCUUAUGUUGCGGUGUGGUCCACACACGUGGCCACACAAGAAUUACGUAAGGGUGAUUAAAUACUUGCGGAGAGUAAUAAGAAUAACUAUUUAAACAGCCCGCCGGCCGAGAGUAGCCCCGACGAGAAACGUAAAAAGAUUUAAAGGCUUAAGAACAUGAACGGUAAACUACUUAUCAGUGAAAACAAAUGGCGAGGUCCCCGGGAUUCUGGUGCGUCUGCUCUCGGCCAGUGAUGACGAAGGACCGGGGCGAGCGAAUGCUCUGCACGGACCCAGGGUGGCCACUCAAUUCAGCUGAAAAAAUUCCCUGACUUUUACAGGUUUUUUUGACCAGUCAAAAUCAUCGGCAAAAUUAAUUUAAAAAUAAGGCCCGUUGUAAACAACACAUACAUGCAGACAAAUCAUGCUAAAUAUUUAUUUCUAAAAAAUAAAAUAAAAAGAGAAACAAAUGCACAGUGUAGGCCUAGUUAAAAUUCCAAUAUUAAUUAAAAUUUAAAGCAAAAAUUGAGAUAUAUUCAGGCCUAGGUACAUACCUAUUCAAGCUGCUGGUACUUGCAUUUUUUGUAGCAUAUCACACAACACAAACAAAUUCUUCAACUUGACACUUUAUUAUUUAACACCCUCAAAAAUUGAAAGUUCAAAAAAAUACUCUCUCUAAACUAGCAUUUCCAUAAGAAAUUAUCAGUAGAAAUUUAACAAAAUUAACUACUUGGCUUGAAACAUUGUGUGAACUAGACAACUUCAUCCAAUGAUGAUCGAGGCGAGAAUGUUUUUCAAAUGCAGUCAUGCAUCCAAUCACUUCUUCUGACUCUAGAAGAAGAUGUAAUUCACGCUGAAUGCUGUCGGCUUGCACACCAGAUAACCAAUUGUGUUUCACCGAUAUUUCCAAGCAUGAUGCCAAAUUUUUCUUGAACAGAACAGAUUUAGUAGCAACAGCAGGAUCAAGAAAUGUCAGUGCCUCAGUUAGUCUGAAUUUCAGAGGAGACUUGUCCAACAAUUUUGUGGUACAUUGAGUUAGAGCUUGGCGACAACAUUGCUUGAAUUCCAAAAUCUGAAGUUCUUUCACUCCUUUUGCUUUUUGUAAUGCAUCUCUUACAGCAAAACCAACAUCAAUAUUUUUUGCAUGUAGCAAGUUAUCUGUGCUCAAAAUAAGUUUGCCUGGUGAAAGAAAAUUCUUCUUAAUGACAUCUUCCUUAACAAAACGUACCAUCAAUGUGUGUACCAAUGAGAAGAGAGCAGAAUGAAGAAAUGGAGCCACUGGAGAUUCUGUCUGAAACUGUCUUAAGAAAGGUUCUAACAAACCUGCAAGAGAAUAAAAGAAUGAAAGUUUUGCUCCAAACAGGUUGUCUUUGACACAUCUUGAAACAACAGAAAAACAUUCAUUCUGUCUAGUAUAUGCUUUCUUACCCUGCACUGCACACUCCACACAAAUUUUGACAAACAAGGUAGAAUUUCAAUAGCUCGAAGUGCAACUUUGCUGUUCUCUACCCAACAAAUAGAACAAAAUUUCAUAGGAAAUAUUCUUGUAUCUGUGUAUUGGAUAUAAUCUGCUCUACGUGCAGGUACAUUUUUGAAUAAGUUGUAGACUGCUCUCAAAAAUUCAACUAUCUCCCACUUAGUUUAACGUAUAGCUGCUUUAAAAGCACAAUGGACAGUGUGUAAACCACAAGAUCCUAUAUCUAGUAAUGUCGGCUUACUAGAGUCGUCACCUUUUAAGUCAAACAACAAAUCUUUCAAAAAUCUAUGAUUGACAUUUGGGCCAUCCAUUGACACUUGUAUAAGUUUACUUAAAUUUAUAUCAGACAGAGAGCUUUUAAAGUGUAUAAGCAAAUCAGCAGCCGUUGUAUGACCAAGAAAUGCAGACGUAAAGUACUGUGAUGAAACUUCAUUUUUUUCAGAGUCCCAAAAUCUUACGAAAAGGUCCAUCUGCUGCUUUUGAGCCACCUUGUUUAGACUCUCAUCAAACCCUACAACCACAUAGUUUCAAUCUGAAAUCAAUUUCACCAGCUGUGUUUUGAAAUAAGGCCCUAACCCAUGUACUAUUGUAUAUGCAACUUUAGUCCUCUUAAGUUGAAUUUUCUUGGCUAUUUCACUGUCAGGGAAAAGUAUUGGAAAAAGGUCAGCACUUCUAGCACCACUCCUAAAUGAAUUAUGUUCUGUCACAGAAUGCAAACACCAAUAUAUUUCAGACUUGGUUAUGCUAUCAUUUAAUAGAAAAGCAUGCAAAGUUUUCUUAGGCAUAUCAGUCACUGGACUUGGACUAACAGGUUCAGUGGCAUCCGUUGGGUACUUACUAACCGAAGCUUCAGAUGUGCUUUGUCCAUGUUUUAAUAGAACGUCUAUUUCCACACACUUCUUACUGUUUGCAGCUGCUUCUUUGUGUUUUUUUUUUCCCAUUCAUAUGGCUUAUCACGGCUUGUUUUCCCAUAUUGCUUAGGCUGAACUUAGUCAUGCAAUAACAACACCGGGAUGAAAAUUUAUUCGACUCGUCUUCAAGUAACCAUUGUGAAAAAUCUUCACACGCAAGCCAUUUAUAAUUAAAUCUAGUUUUUUUUUUUGUUUGGAGCACUACAUGACGAAAACUUGUCACUUAUUCUUCACAAAUAAAUAUUUACGUACCACAACUAAAAGGUUUGUCAGCCUUAAUCGACAUAUUUACGUACCAAAACUAAAAACACUUGCCAGCCUUCAUCGACGUAUCCCACCAUUUUUACACAAAAACAAAUAAUGAAACGCAGUUCUUAAGGAUUAAUGUAUACACAUACACUAACUUGUUUUAUUCACAAUGUUAAAAAAAACACGCCACAAGAAAGUUUUGCAACAAAAACUAUCCAUUUAACUGUAACAAGCCAUUCACAGAUGGUUAUAUGCAAGGCCUAAUAAUCAUGCAAACAACAGAACGGAAUAACGGAUUUACAAACCAUAAAAUAAUAGCGAGACAGGUGCACCAACUUAAUGUAUGAAAGCCACAAAAUGUUACGAGACAACACGAGGUCUCGAAAACACAAAUUCAACAUAAAUCCUACCUUUCAUUUUCUAUUUUACUAGUAAUAUUUUUAAAAAAUCCUGUUUCAACGAAAAAUUUCCAGAUUUUUGAUGAAAUUCCCUGACUUUCCCUGAUUUUUCCCUGUAGCUACAAAAUUCCCUGACAUUUCCUGGUUUCCAGGUUUUCCAGGUCGAGUGGCCACCCUGGGACCACAUGGCGUUUCUCGCGCCGAACCAAACUUUUAUGAUUGCGUGCCAAGGGUUAUUAAAAACUAGGCACACAAAACACUCGUACAAUAAAUGUGUGCUUUCUUGCGGCUAGAAUGAUUAAAACAUACAGCAAUUGAAAAAUUUGUAUUCCAACAAAGUCUAGCUUCGGCCCGACUCAGAUCAGCCUCAGGAAUGUCCUGUGCUGUCUUUUUUUAUAUGCAAAAUUAAACUAAGAUCUAUUAAAAAAAAAACCUUUCGGCCAAUCUGCCAUGCUACAAAAUGCUUAGGAUAAAAAAUAAAGGUUUACAAUUUAAUUUAUGAAUAUGUAAGGGGACAGAGCACUGAAGCUACAGUGUCCUUUCAAGUGUGUCGGUGGCGCGUCAUUCAAAUACACAUCACGCAGCACACAAACACGCGUACAUGUCAGCGGUGCAAAUGUCAGGAAGGAGUGGAUAGGGAUGCCUUGGGAGCGGAGUCUGACCAGACUUAAAGGGCCAAAGCCCCGAUCGACGUCAACAUAUUAUGUAGACCAAAAUUAAAACAAAAACCUUUGCCAAAAUUACGAGAGACCACUACUCUACGUAGUUCUGGGCUGUCUGCCAGUUUUUGAACAAAAAAGUAACACUUAAAAAAAUAUUUCCUGUACAGCUGUGUUUCGUUUGUAAAAAGACUUCAGUUUCUUUUUGUUUUCUAUAAACUUAUGUCAACUUUUUUUUAUUAAAAUGAAUGAAACAACAUA